AUGGCUUUCUCCCAAUUAUCCCAGUGGAACAUUCCACAAGAGCUCCUUCAGGAGAUAUCAAAAUAUGCCACGCCGACUGGCAUUGCCGACUAUACAGCCUUGGCCAUCCUCGCCGGCACAGGAGCAACCUUCCUCUCGCGAGGAACCCUGUGGGAUAAGCCGGAUCCAUAUUACCACCUGGCGUUUGAGAGGCCCCAGCUGAAGAUUGGUGGCCAAGCCGGAGCAAAUGCCAACAAAGAAACAAGGAAUAUCGCCCAUAAAUUGGAGGAGACUGGGAAGAACAUUGUUGUCUUCUGGGGCUCACAGUCUGGUACAGCGGAAGGCUUUGCUCAUCGGUUAGCCAGGGAAAUCUCUGUGCGCUGGGGCCAGGAGACCAUGACGGCAGAUCUUUCAGACUACGAUCCUGCUACGAUUGCUGAGAUCCCUGACUCAAAGCUGGCCAUCUUUAUCGUAUCGACCUACGGUGAAGGUGAUCCAAGUGACAACACUGCUGAUUUUUGGAGUUGGAUAAACAAGGCCGAUAGUGUUUCUCUGUCCAACCUGCGUUAUGUGGCCUUUGGCCUCGGAAACUCCAACUACAAGUUCUACAAUCGCGUUGUGGAUGUUAUCGUUGAGGGCCUGGACAAGUUUGGAGCGAAGGCUUUCAUGGCCGUCGGCAGAGCCAAUGACGCCGAGGGCGCCACUGAAGAGGACUUCAUGGCCUGGAAAGAUGACUUGUUCGCUUGCUUCCGGCAGCAGUUCGGCUUCCAAGAAGUUGAAGCCAAAUACAUUCCAAGCCUGACGGUUGACGAGGACGAGUCCCUUGAGCCCAUCGACUUGCACAAUGGAGAGCCCAAUAACCAAAUCGAUGGACUCAAGUCCGCUACUCAGUCUUCGCCUGUUCGCACAUUGAGCAUCACCAACUCCAGACAACUAUUCACUGCAUCUGAUCGCAACUGCCUGCACAUGGAUUUGGACCUGAGCAGCCAACCCGAGUUGACCUACAAGACUGGUGAUCACCUUGCCAUCUGGCCUGGAAACCCUGACGUCGAGGUUGAGCGCCUACUUCAAGUACUGGGUAUCUCGUCACGGCGCGACAUCCCCCUCAUCAUCAGGUCCGUCGAUUCGGCCACCAAGAUUACGAUCCCGACGCCAACAAGUGCUAUUGCUCUCUUCCGUUACUAUCUUGAGAUUUGUGCUCCGGUAAACCGUGACAAUGUGCGCGAUCUCGCCCAAUUUGCGCCAACCUCCGAGGCAAAGGCCUACCUGACCAAGCUUGGGCAGGACAAGGACUUCUACGCCGAUUUCAUCAACCGCACCCACCUCAAUCUCGGCCGCUUGUUGCAACUUGCAUGUCCCGACCAGGCCUGGUCUAACCUUCCACUUGCAUACCUUGUCGAGACGAUGGCUCACAUUCGCCCUCGAUACUAUUCCAUCUCCUCGAGCAGUGUCGUCUCUCCUCGUAAACCCUCUAUAACUGUCAUCGCCUCUACCACCCCACUUCAAGACAACACUAACGAACUCGUGCACGGUGUCACAUCCAACUAUCUCCUUGCCAUUUCCCAAAACUCCCGCUCCCAGCUUCACCCACAUGGACUGACCUAUCACCUCAAUGGCCCUGGCGACGCUCUUGAGGGUGGCAAAGUCUUUGCCCACAUUCGUCGCAGCAAGUUUAAAUUGCCCAUCACAAGCAAAACACCCCUGAUCAUGGUUGGCGCCGGUACAGGUCUAGCACCUUUCCGCGCAUUCCUCUCCGAGAGAUGCCAAGUACAAAAGAUUGGCAAAGAGAUUGGACAAAUGAUCCUCUUCUUUGGGUGCCGCAAUCCGAAUGAAGAUUUCAUCUACCGGGAUGAGCUGGAGGAGAUGCAGAAGGUUCUUGGUGAUAAACUGCACCUAGUGACGGCUUUCUCAAGAGAGGAGGGCUCACCACGGAGAUAUGUGCAAGAUCAUGUUUCGGAACUUGGUGAUGAAGUUGUGAAGCUCAUUGACGAAGGUGGGAGCUUCUAUGUCUGCGGGAGGGCCGGCAUGGCGCGUGAAGUUGAGAAAGCUGUUGGUCGUGCUAUGAAGGUUGCAAAGGGAUGGUCAGACGAUGAAGUAAAUGACUGGAGUAAGGCUGUUAAGAAGAAGAAUAAGUGGCAAGAGGAUGUUUGGGGUUGA